AUGAAUCGAAAGAAGAUCUUCGACAAGAAGUCUUCGGUAAACGACACAUCGACUCAAUUGUCGAUCACUUUUGCGGAUCAAAUCAUGAAUCGAAAGAAGAUCUUCGACAAGAAGUCUUCGGUAAAGUUUAAAUUAGUGCACAGAAGCCAAAGGGAUCCGUUGGCCGCCGACGAGAGCGCACCGCAGAUGGUAUUCCUCGACAUCAACGAAGACAAGGACCGCAAAGACGAGCAGAAGAAGUAUGGCGUCUAUUAUGACGACAAUUACGACUAUUUACAGCACUUACGAGAUGUGGAACCGCUCUCCGAAUGGCAGCCAAUCGAAGAGAAGACUGAGAAAACCAAAUCGGAUCCCAAGAAACAAGUGAAACAAGUGAUGCAAUUCCCGUCUUCACUGUUCGCGUCGGCCGUCGAAGAGAAAGAGGGUUUACUGAACAAAGCGGUGCUUCCGGUCGGCCCUCAACCCGAUUGGGACCCCGAAGUGGUGGCCGCUAUGGACGAGGACUUCGACUUCGAUGACCCCAACAAUCAAUUGGACGACGACUUUGUAUUACAAGCGGAAGAAUCGGACGACAAGAAUAAGACCAACGAUGACGACGACGACGACAACUGGGAAGAUGUUGAGGACGAAAGCGAUGACGAGUCCACUAUUUGUGAAUCGGAUAACGAAUCCGAUGACGAAUCCGAUGGAUCCGAUGACCGCUUCUCAGAUGAAGAAACGAAAUCUCAUUUCACAAACUAUUCGAUGAGUUCUUCGGUUAUGCGACGGAACGAAGGGCUGACUCUUUUGGAUCAAAGGUUUGAGACAUUGUAUGAAACGGAAUACGCGAACGAAUGUGAGAUCGGAUCACUUGAUUUCGAUGGCAUCGAGGGCUCAAUCGAUCUAAAGAAUAGUGAAUUAAUGAAUGAUUUGGUCCAAGAGUUCCAACGAAUGAAGAAUGAGAAACAAAUGUAUGAGAAAAUGGAUUCAAAAGAAUUUCACGAUUUCUAUGAUAAGCAUCGAAACCAAUCCAAAGAGAAGGAAGCGUUGACUGAAGUGGAGAUCUUCGAGAACAGCAAAAAUCGCGCAAACGAUGGCUUGGAUUGCGAGUCAAUUAUCAGCACUUAUUCUAAUCUCUAUAAUCGACCCAAACUUAUCACCGAAAAGAGCAUUAAAUAUCCGCAAAGAGUUCGCAUUAAUGAGAGAACAGGUCUUCCCAUAGGAGUGCUCGAAAGGCCGGGACUCACGGCCAGAAAGUUGGCGCAACUCAACGCCAUUAAUGACAUCGAAAGCGAUUCACUGAAACCGGGCUCGAAGUCCGUCCGCUCCGGUGUUUCUCGAUUGAGUGAAUUGUCUGUCAGACCACCCGAUGAGACGCCCGAACAGAGGAGACAACGAAAGUGUGAACUCAAGGAAUACCGAAAAGAGCGACGACUGGAGAAGAAGGCCAACAAAGAGGCGUUUAAA